ACAGAAGUAGCAUGCGCAGGCUGCAUGUAAUACAUGCGGUCACCAGUGUGUUCCUUCCUCUUACUAACUUAAAACACACCAGUUGUUCCAUGCGCAUGAUACACCUAUUAACUUUUCAUGCCAUUCUCUCCAAACAGUGUCUUGACAAGCCACCCGUGUGCAUCUGAUAGUCCUCAUUAAAAUUUAGUGGGGGAGGCAAAGAGUCCACCUAUUCAAUUUCUCUGUAAAGGCCACAGAAUUAAGAGCUUUCUUCCAGAGCUUUAACAUCACGCCUACUCUCUGAAUCAGUAUGCACAAAGGAACUUAAACACUACACAGUACAGGAACAACAUGGUUUGGAGGAUGACAGUUUUCAUUCAUGUUUUGUUUUUUGCCGGAAAGGUCACCUCCAAGAAAGGUGUAAAAUGUGGUGGAAUCCUCUCUUCAAGCAAUGACAAUAUAUCAAGUCCUAAUUUCCCAGGCCUGUACCCUUAUAAUACAGUAUGCACCUGGCUGAUAGUGGUAGCAGAGGGAUCAUCAGUACUGUUAACCUUCCAUCACUUCGAGCUGGAGUACCAUAUAGACUGUGCUUAUGACUACAUAAAGAUUUACAAUGGCAUCUCAGAGGACGAGGGAAACCUGCUGGGGAAAUUCUGUGGUGAUGUGUCUCCUCCUCAGUUCAGCUCCUCUUGGAACGUCAUGUCCAUCAUCUUUCAUUCAGAUCGCCAUGUUGCACACAAGGGCUUCUCUGUGGGCUACAGGAAAGAUAUGUGUGGUGGGGUUUUGACCGGUCUCUCUGGAAUAAUCUCAAGUCCAGGCUAUCCAUUAGAGUACAGUAACAAUGCUGACUGCUCCUGGACAGUACACAUGUCUAAUCAGAGUGUCGUCAGCCUGGUGUUCCUUGACUUCCAGUUGGAAAACAAUGAGGGGUGCAAUUUUGACUAUGUGGCUCUUUUUGAUGGCCCUACCAUUACACACCGUCACCUGGGAAACUACUGUGGUAAUGAGAAACCUCCCAACACCAUCACCACAUCAAACCAAAUGCUGGUGGUCUUCAAAUCUGAUUUCAACAUUGGGGGGAGAGGCUUUAAAGCCUACUAUUAUUCAGGAGAGUGCCAGCAGGUCUUUAAAACCAUUAGCGGGAACUUUACUAGCCCUCACUACCCAAACAUCUACCCCAACAACAUCAACUGUCAUUGGACUAUCACUCUAGCUGCCGGCUACAGGAUCAAGCUGUUUUUCCCUUCUCUGAAGCUGGAGGAUCGAAACAGUCUGACAGACAAGUGCGAUUAUGACUCUGUGGCCGUGUAUGAUGGGGACAGUGAGAUAGACACCUUGUUGGGUCACUGGUGUGGUAGUGAACAACCUCCAUCUUUGACCUCUAAGGAAAAUAAACUGUUGGUUGUUCUGAACACUGAUAGGAACUAUGCCUUUAAGGGCUUUGUGGCAUCCUAUAUUGGAGUGGUGCCAGUCAAUGUAAGCUGUACUAGAACCGAGUUUCAGAUUCAGAUCGCCAGACAGGCGUUGCCUCAGGUAGACCGUGAGGGCAUUUAUCUGGGAAAUCCGUCCUGUUCUGCCCAGCUAACCGAAACAUCCUACAAAAUUCUUGCCCGCUUCGUUAACUGUGGAACGGCUGGACAGAAACGACAAAACAUUACCAUGCUGGUGAACUCGCUCUAUAUUGACUUUGACGGAACACAGCAGAAUAUUCAGGAAUAUGAGGUACAAUGUGAUGCCCAGAGGAAGGUGGCCAUGGUCAACAUCAUCUCAGUGGAGGAACGUAACAGGCUCAAUGAACUGGCACGUCUGGCCAAAGAAUCAAGCACAAGGAAUGAGGAUGAUGAAAGCGAACCCCAUGAGACCAGUGACAUCAUAUUCAUCAGCAUUUGUGUUCUUGCAGUCAUCCUCAUGUUAAUUGCUGUUGUGUGGUUGGUGCUCCUAUAGGUGUGCCAUUAAUGG